GGGGCGCGCACGGCGGGGCUCGGCUGGGCGCGGAGCGGCGCGGGGGAAGAUGGAAGGAGCGUCCUUCGGAGCGGGCCGGGCGGGGGGGGCCAUCGACCCCGUGGAUUUCCUGAAGCAGCCCCAGACCCUGCUCCGGGUGACCACCUGGAUCUUCUCCAUCGUGGUGUUCGGCUCCAUCGUGAACGAGUGCUACGUGAACAAGGACAGCCAGCACCCCGAGCUGCUCUGCAUCUUCAACGAGAAUGAGAGUGCCUGCAGCUACGGCAUCGCCGUGGGGCUCAUCGCCUUCUUCGGCUGCAUCUUCUUCUUCGUGGUGGAUCUGCACUUCCAGCAGAUCAGCAGCGUCAAGGACCGCAAACGGGCCGUGCUGCUGGACCUGGGCUUCUCAGGUUUCCUGGCCUUCCUGUGGUUUGUAGCCUUCUGCUUCCUGGCAAACCAGUGGCAGAGGACGACGCUGACCAGGGGCUUCUCGCAGGGCGCGGACGCGGCGCGGGCGGCGAUCACCUUCUCCUUCUUCUCCAUCAUCAUCUGGGUGGUGCUGGCUCUGCGGGCGCUGCAGCGGUACCGCCUGGGCACGGACAUGUCCCUGUUCGCCACCGAGCAGUUCGGCAGCGAUCCCAGCGCCUCGUACCCCGGCUACCCCGGCGGCAGCGGCGUGGAGAGCACGGAGAGCUACCAGAGCCCCCCGUUCAGCGAGAGCCUCGAGCCCAACCCCAAAGGUUACCAAGUGCCAGCCUACUGAGCGAGGGGCUGCUCCCCAUGUACCCCCUCAGUGCCGGGUCCCUUCAUUAGCUCGUUGUGCAGUGAAUUCUGUACAGUGGUAUUGGUUCUUGUCUUACCUGUCCCAGGGUUUCUAAAAGCAGUGUUCCCUCUAAGCCAGGAGGAAGGAAGGUUUUGGGUACCACAUCACCUACUCGUGGGGAAGGGGAGGAAAUUCCCUCUCUGAGCUCUGCUGGGAAAGCCCAGGACAUCUUUUCCUCUUAGAAAGCAGCAGCUGAGGAAUUAUUAAUUAUCUCGUUCUUCCAGAGCUAACACAGAAUCCAUCGAGGGUGGGUGGGUGGCCCUGUCUGCUCCCACUGUGGAGUUUCUGGUCCAGGUUCCAUGGAAAGUGCCAAAUUCACAGGGAAAUCAGUGGUGUCUGUGUUAUUUUAAUUUGUAUAUAUUUGCUGUACAAAACAAAUAUCCAAACAGGUGUUUCUAAACUCGGGUUAGAGGCACAGGGGGGAGGCACAGCAGGCCGGGGUUGGGAUCAGUAUCCAGAUUGCUUCUACACUUCAACAGGUCCUGGUUGAGGAUUUUAAAAGUUACUGUUUGGAAUGGUAACCAGCAGGAGCUGGUUGCUAGCUGGGAAUAGCCUGUGAUCAGUGGGAAUGUGGCUUUGUGGUUGUUUCCUCAUGGGGGAUUGGGAAGUUUGUAAAUUCCUAAGGAAUUUUUGGUUGGCAGUGCUGACACAGCCUCACCUGGAGAGGUGAGGACCAAGGUGAGGGGCUCAAACUCAACAUCCACGGCCAUUAAGGAGCAAUAUUGGAUUUGUAUUUUUAUUCUGGGAGCAGCCACCAUCUGUCAGCUGCAGCAGAACCCUGGGUGGGGACAUGUGUGUCACCCUGCAGCCUCCAGAAAUGAGGGAUUCAGGCAGGGAGCUGGAAAGGCUUCACACACCAUCAGAGUCCAUCCUGAAAUGUGGGAAGAGAGACAGUGAAAAGCAUCCAGCAAUGAGGCUCAGGUUGGGGGUUCAGCUGCAAAGAACAAUAAAAAAAGAACAGAAUGUGUAAAAUGCAGCAGGUCCUUGCCAGCUUUCCCUGACCCAGGCUGUGUCACUGAGGGCUGGGCAGAGGAGCUGGAACUUGAAUUCCCAGCCCUGCUGGUGGCAGCUCCAUCCCUGGAGACUCCUGGUCCUGCCUUGCAAAGCCACCACUGCCUUCUGAGCUGCUGAGGAGCAAUAGCCACCCCUGUCCCCUCCUGUCACAGCUCCUGGUCGCCAUCAGCACGGCUCAUCAGAGCACUAAUUAGGGAGCAGCAGAUAAAUGCACUAAUUAAGCAGCCAAUCAUCCCCAGAGUCACUGCCAGUGGAGGAGUGCAUUCCUUUCCUUGGCUCCAGGUCCUGGCUGUGCCCAGCUCCUCACAGGACACCCCAGCCCAGUGCAGGAUCAGUGAAUCCCAGGAUCUUUGUGGUUUUGUGGAGUCAGUUUUGCUGGGAAAGAAUAAAAAAAACCCCGAGGAUUUGAAUACAGGGUAGGGUAGAACUGUAGCAAUAUUUUCCUUAGAGGGAACACUGAAACUUUAGCAGCACAAACAGUACUUGUGUUAAUAUUUUAGCAAAAAUUAUAAUCAAUUUAAAUGUUUAAAUUGAUUGUAUGUGAGAUAAUGUUCGUUGGGUACAGUGUAUUUUUUCUAACUAUAAUAUAACUGUUGCAGAGUUUCCGUGUAUAAAGAGCUAAAGCUGUGUCUGCCUGCGGGACGUGUCCUGCCCCCCGUGCUGAAUAUUACACGCUCUGAAUGUCCCCCCAGGCCUGCAUUGCCUUUCUUUGCCCCCACACGCACAUCCCACCACGCUGUGACCUCUGCAGCAGCAGCAGGGACACAGGGAUGCCACCAGCACCGGUGCUUCCCAAAGUCUGUGUCACCUUUUCCUUGCUCUGCCGGGCAGGGAGGAGGAGGAGGAGGAAGGGUUGGGUGCCUGAGGGGCACCUUGAUGAAACUGGGAAUAUCCGUGUGUCCAGCCUCAUCAUCACUCAGGGCACCUGCAGGGAGGUGAGCCCUGAUGCUCUGCACACCAAGUGCCAGUUCCAGGCAGCGAGGGGUGGCAGCCCUGCCGGGGUGGCACUGGGACAGGCAGCUGGGACAGGCAGGAGCCACAGCUGGAGCAUUUUUCCAGGGAGUAGCACUGGGUUUGUGUCUAUGUGGCCACACUGAGGCCGUGCCACCAGGCACAGUGACAACCCCAAACUCCCUGGUUGUGGUGAGAGCCUUCACCCAGCCCAGCCUGCCUCAGACAGCCCCAGUUUGGGGUUUGCUGGUGCAGCUCCCCAGCUCCCGGAGCCCUGGUGCUGCUGGGUUAUCCCUGCUCGGAGGGAGGGGGACACCCGUGCCUGGAAUCCUUUGGGAAGCCCACAGUGUCCCCACAGCUGUGGGGUGUCACCAGUGGUGGUGGCAGAGCAGGGUGUGCGGGUGGGGGUGUCACCAAACACCCCCCAGGGGGGCCGUGGUGGGGAACCAGAGCCAUGGCUGCAGUGACCGUGGGGUGCUGGAGCUUCGGGUGUUUGUAACAUCCAUUUUCUUCUUUUCUCCUCUUUGUCUCCCAGCCGUGGUACAGCAGCACUCACACCCUCAUAACCACCCAGGCCACAUCCUAAGAGGAUGCCAGGGCUGUCCCAAAAUUGUCUCAAAACCAUUCCAGGAUGGUCCUGAGUGUGCCAGGGCUCUGCCAUCCUCACACGCUGUUUAUAACCCUCUGCUCUCCCCAUGAAUCAGCAGCACACAGAGCUCAGAGAGGGCAGGACCUCCCUGUGCUCAGCCCAGCCCAAAAAGCUUCUGCACAGUGUUAGCACUAAAUUUGGGUGUAAAGAGUGGAAUUCCAUCUUUCUGCCCCAUCCUCUUGCUCCAGGAGGCUCUGUCACACCACUGCUGUUUCUCAGCACUGAGGUAACCACAUCAUGCACUCUGCAAUUCAAGUACAUUAAAAAAUUUGGAAUUUUUGCCAACAUUUCAAGCUGUUCCUGGCAAAGGUAGAAGCUUUGCUUAAGUGUUCAGUGAAAAAUACUCUCCUCCCUGCAUUACCUGCUCUGUGUCAGGGGCUGGAGCAGACCCUGAGAGCAAACCCCUCCCUUUCCAGGACAUCAUUUGGGAUCUCACUGCUCCUGUGCCUGAACACUGGGAUGAGAUUCCCAUCAGUUAUUGCCACGAACGACACCCACAGCAUUUCUUUUCUCCUGUGUUUUGUACCUUCCCUCCCAGUGCCAGCCCCCAAAGGCACAGGGCUGUUUCCUGGCUCUGUUCCUUAGUAUCGUUAUUCCAUGCAGUGGGUAUUUCUCUCAGUAAAACCUGCUGUAUAUUUUACAGAGCCCUCCCAGGCUGUGCUGUCCCCCAGCAGGUGGCUCUGGUUCCCUCUGCUCCUGUUCCCAGUUGCAUUUUGCCCCUUUGUGUGCUCCUUUCCCCCCUCAGUGAGGCUCACACCCAGCCCUCACUGCCUCAACUUGAAGCCCCAGUUCAGCUGCCUGGAUUUUGUUGCAAUACACAUUCAAACCUCAGCUCCUUCAAGAGUUUUAAUCUCCAA